AUGAUUCCUGACGCACGCAAUGAUUCAGCUCAGAUUCGGCUGGCACGUACAACAAUUCCUGUUAUCUGUAUGCAGUUCUCGGAAGGGGCGGCGCCCGUACAAUUCUCCCAAGCUUCCCAGCAGCCACCAGCUUCAUUCGUUCAGGCGUCCCCUCAGCCAGCGCCUUCACUCGUUCAGGACAACAUGAACAACCAACGUGAAAAGGUAGCAUCUCCUAAACCGCUCGAAAUAUACUGUGGUCCUUCCUCUACCUACCUACCAUAUAUGGUCAGCAGUCCACAAGACAGGCCAGCGUCUACUCAGUUCUCUCCUAACUACGCUAUGGUGGAAAAUGGACAUGAGAACGGUGUGAUGAAAGUAUUGCCACAAUCUUCAUACAAUGAAGCCGGCCAACAACUUGAAGCGAUCACCGUACGUACAACAACAACUACAAGAAGAACCGUUGUACUGAGUCCAAUACCAAAUCGAUCAUACACUAUAGUGUAA